AUGUCCAAACUCUCGCCCAGCCUCAAGGCGCUCAUCAACGCGCCCUUUGCGCGCCCGGGGCCUCACAGAAUCGCAAAGGGAGCUGCGGCGGCGGCGGCAGUGGGGGAUUUGUUUCGGGGGAUUGCGGGCGAGGCGAGGGGGAGGGGGGUUGGAGCGAGGGCGUGGCUGGCGAUAUCUGCUGCUGCCACGUUUACGCUGAAUUCUCCCGACGCCUUGUCGAUACUGCACAACGUCGCUUCAGCAGAGCGAGGGGAUUCCCAAGCAGCGCAAGUUCGCACGGCGGAAUUCAUCCGCGAGGUCGGCCUCAAGUGCAUCUCCUUUAACGGGAUCCCCCGCACAAUCAACUGCCUCAACGCAUUCCACGCAUCACUCCCGCAGAGCGUAUCCUCAUCUCUGUCGACGCAGCCCUCGCGAAGCCUCAAGUCAGACAACGUCGAGAGCGUCAAGGCCCGGGGGAGAGGGCUAUGGGACUCGAUCUACGCCCCGUUUGAGGAGAAGCUCGUCGACAAGCUGGGGACGUCGCAUCCCGACCUGCCGGUGGUGAUUCUCAACUGCCACUACGGACCGCUGCUCUCGGAUCCCGAGGGGGAGGAGGGCGGCGGCAGCAGCAGCGUCAAGAGGGGCGUGGGGAGGGUGAUGACGAGCCUUGUGGCGGUUGCGAGCUUGAGGGCGCAGACGGGGGUCGGGCCGCAGGUGCUUUCGCACGUGUUUGGGCUGCGCAAGGCUCUUGACGACGGGUCCUUCCGGGGGGAUCUGGAGGACGGGGCGCGGUGGCUUGCGGGGGAUGAGGGCGGGGAGUGGGUGUUGAAGACGGUGGAUAGGAUUGUGGAGGGAUUGGGGGGGAGCAAUUUCGCGGCGAAGCUGUGA